AUGAUCGAGACCCAGGAGGACAUUUACGUGGGCUCCAUCGAGACGGACCGGGGCGUGCGGGAGCAGGUGCGCUUCUACGACACGCGGGGACUGCGGGACGGGCUGGAGCUGCCCAAGCACUGCUUCUCCUGCACCGACGGCUACGUGCUGGUCUACAGCACCGACAGCAAGGAGUCCUUCAAGCGUGUCGAGCUGCUCAAGAAGGAGAUCGACAAGUCCAAGGACAAGAAGGAGGUCACCAUUGUGGUUUUGGGCAACAAGUGUGACCUGCAGGAGCAGCGGCGGGUGGACCACGAUGCAGCCCAGCACUGGGCCAAGGGCGAGAAGGUGAAGCUGUGGGAGGUGUCCGUGGCUGACCGGCGCACGCUGAUCGAGCCCUUCAUCUACCUGGCCAGCAAGAUGACACAGCCACAGAGCAAGUCUGCGUUUCCCCUGAGCCGCAAGAACAAGGGCAGCGGAUCCAUGGACGGAUGA